AUGGGGCUCCAGGCUGGGACACGCUGGCUCCACAGGGAGCUUGUCCUCCUGCCCACGGUGGUGGCCAUGCUUCUCCUCUCUGCAAGUGCUGGCCCAGCAGUGCCCACUGCCAGCCCCCGGAGUGCAUUCCCCGCAGACUGCAGCCGGCUCCGCAAGACGAGUCCCAGCGGGGUCUAUGUCAUCCAGCCGGCCCGGUCACCCCCCCGCGUGGUCUGGUGUGACAUGGACACCGAGGGCAAGGGCUGGACUGUCGUCCAGAGAAACUCUCACGACACCGAGCUCACCUGGAAACAGUCCUGGACCACCUACAAGUACGGCUUCGGGAACGUGCAGGCUGACCACUGGUUUGGCACCGAGUACCUGCACCUCCUGACCCAGCAGGGCACCUACAAGGCCCGCUUCGUCGUGAGGAACAAAGCCAACGUCACCCACUACGCCGAGUAUGACAUCUUCAGGGUGGAGAGUGGCAGCGGGUACCCCCUGAGGCUGGGACGGUUUUCUGGGGAUGGGGAUGACUAUCUGACCGGCUACUACCCCAAGAAGGGGGGCAUACACGACAACAUGAAGUUCAGCACUACCGACAAGGACCAGGACCAGUACAGCGGGAACUGUGCCAGCAGCUACGGGGGCUGGUGGUACGACCGGUGCCACAACGUCCUGCUCAAUGUCAAAAACAACAUCCUCUGGCCGGGAUUCUGUGAUAAAGGUGACUGCGCAUCCUCUCUCAUCCUGGUCAAACCCACAGACGUGUGCUGACCCUGCUGCAGCCCGCGGGCUCCCAGCAGUUGCUGGCAGUGCCACCCUUCCCAGCUCAGCGCCCCAUUCCCC